AUGAAUAUGCAGUCCAAGAGGCCACACCCACCGUGCAAGUCCAAGAGGCCACACCCACUGUGCAAGUCCAAGAGGCCACACCCACUGUGCAAGUCCAAGAGGCCACACCCACCGUGCAAGUCCAAGAGGCCACACCCACUGUGCAAGUCCAAGAGGCCACACCCACUGUGCAAGUCCAAGAGGCCACACCCACCGUGCAAGUCCAAGAGGCCACACCCACUGUGUAAGUCCAAGAGGCCACACCCACUGUGCAAGUCCAAGAGGCCACACCCACCGGGCAAGUCCAAGAGGCCACACCCACCGUGCAAGUCCAAGAGGCCACAUCCACCGUGCAAGUCCAAGAGGCCACAUCCACCGUGCAAGAAGCCACACCCACCGUGCAAGAAGCCACACCCACCGUGA